AUGCAGAAAAAGCUAGACGAACCUCAAUUGAAAUUGAAACAAGACGUUUCUACACGCUGGAACUCGACGUGUGAUAUGUUCGAAAGGGUGCUGAAAAUCAAAAACAGUGUGAUGUCUACGAUUGCUAUAGACUAUCCGGACACAGAAAAUAUGACACCCGAAGACAUUGAGGUGCUGGACUCGGCAAUCCAAAUUCUGAGCCUUUUCAAGGAUGUUACUGAGGAGAUGAGCUCCGAAAAAAAUGUCACAAUUUCAGAGAAUUGUGUUAAAUUUUUAUCUUCGUCACAUCCCGACUGUGUUCUGCGCAUGGCUCAAGUGCUUUUGAACGAAAUUAGUACAAGAUUUUCGGGCAUUGAAGACAAUAACAUUUUUGCUGAGAGCACCAUUUUAGAUCCUAGAUUUAAAAAAUAUGGAUUCGAAAAUAAGUACGCUUGUGACAGAGCGUGUUCUAAUUUAAAAGCCAUGGCCGGGCGAAUUGAACUUAAUAGUGGUCAAACAGGACUCGAGGAGCCAGCAUCUUCGUCACCGCCACCUCAUAAGCGUAAAAGAAGCAUAUGGGACGAAUUUGAUGAGCAAGUAGAAAUUAUAAUGAAAAAUACAAAUCCGACGGCAGGGGGUAUUAUUGAGGUAGAUAAAUAUCUCGAGGAACCCCUACUGCCAAGAUCUCAAGAUCCUGCCAAGUGGUGGUUCUCAAAAAAAGACGCCUAUCCAAGGCUUUAUAAAUUAUUUUUGAGACGACUUUGCAUUGUUGCUACCUCUGUGCCUUCAGAGCGUACUUUUUCCAAAGCGGGCCAAGUCCUUACUGAGAGAAGAAACAGGCUUAGUGGCAACAAAGUCGCUAAAAUAUUAUUUUUAAAUUAUAAUCUAUAA